ACUCAAGAGAGCCCACACCUGGAGAUUCUGGAGAGUUUUGGAGGAGGACUGAGCUCAAUGCAAAAGGAGACCCUGCUGAAGGAAGAGACAGUUAUCUAGUCCCGGAGAGUCUGUCCUCUAACCUUCAUCAAGCUGUGUUGAGCACACACCCAAGCCACCAACCAGUAAAUCUAUUGGGUUUACCUCCAAAAUAUGUCUUGACUUUGUCUGCUUCUUUGCCGCCAUCCUGAUCGAAGUCCUGUCAUUUGCUUGGACCACAUGGUCGCCAACUUUCAGACCUCACGAGCCACCAGUGCUCCAUGGACCACCAGUUGGCGACCGCUGUCCUAGAAGACCCUCAGCAUCCUGGAUGAGAGUGUGAAGAUGCUUAAAGAGCGUCCGGGGAUGGCGGAAGUCCCUCAGCAGCAGAUGGGGGUUCCUGUGGUAAAAUUGGAGAAAGAGUUGCCAUGGGGCAGGGGAAGGGAGGAUCCUAGUCCUGAGACUUUUCGGCUGAGGUUUCGGCAGUUCCGCUACCAGGAGGCAGCUGGUCCCCAGGAAGCCCUCAGGAAACUCCAAGAGCUCUGUCGCCAGUGGCUGAGGCCUGAGCUGCACACCAAGGAGCAGAUCCUGGAGCUGCUGGUGCUGGAGCAGUUCCUGACCAUCCUGCCCCGGGAGUUCUAUGCCUGGAUUCGGGAGCAUGGCCCAGAGAGUGGCAAGGCCCUCGUGGCCAUGGUGGAGGACUUCACAGAGAGAGCACUGGAGGCCAAGGCGGUUCCAUGCCACGUGCGGGGAGAGCAGGAGGAGACAGCACUUUGCAGAGGCCCUUGGGAAGCAGGUGUCCACCUGGGACCAGUGGAGGUCAAGCCUGAGUGGGGGAUGCCCCAUGGGGAAGGUGUUCAAGGCCUAGACCAAGGCACUGAGGAGCAGCUCAAUCAGGACCCUGGUGCUGCAACACAGGCCUUCCAGGAGCCGGCUGUUCCAAUUCUUCAGGCUGGUCCUGGCCUCCCCACAGUGAACACUAGAGACCAAGAGAUGGCAGUUGGGUUCCUCACAGCUGGGUCCCAGGGGUUGGGACCAUUUAAAGAUAUGGCUCUGCCCUUCCCAGAGGAAGAGUGGAGGCAUGUGACCCCAGCCCAGAUAGACUGCUUUGGGGAAUACGUGGAACCACAGGACUGUUCAGGCAUUGGGAGCAAGGAAAAAGAGGCCAAAAUCCAGCAGGCAGACCUCAAGGGGACGCUUGCUCAGGGGACCUCAGAGAGGUUUGGGGAAGCUGCUCUCCAGAGCCCCGAGCUCGGAAGAACCUGUGAGCAGGAGCCUGGUAAUUCUGUGGGAAACAUGGCAGGGCCUCCUCCUCCCCAGCAUGGCAUCCUUCCUGUACCUGAUGACCUCAAGACUCACAGCUCCUUCUGGAAGCCUUUUCAGUGCCCUGAGUGUGGAAAAGGCUUCAGUCGGAGCUCAAAUCUCGUAAGACACCAGCGAACCCAUGAAGAAGAAAAAUCCUAUGGCUGUGUUGAGUGUGGGAAAGGGUUUACUCUGAGAGAGUACCUCAUGAAGCACCAGAGAACCCACCUGGGAAAGAGACCCUAUGUGUGCAGUGAGUGCUGGAAAACCUUCAGUCAGAGGCACCACCUUGAGGUCCACCAGCGGAGUCACACGGGGGAGAAGCCCUACAAGUGUGGGGACUGCUGGAAAAGCUUCAGCCGGAGACAGCAUCUUCAGGUGCACCGGAGAACUCACACUGGGGAGAAGCCCUACACCUGCGAGUGCGGCAAGAGCUUCAGCAGGAACGCUAACCUGGCCGUGCACCGGCGAGCCCACACCGGGGAGAAGCCAUAUGGGUGCCAGGUGUGUGGUAAACGGUUCAGUAAAGGGGAGCGGCUGGUCAGACACCAGAGGAUUCACACAGGGGAGAAGCCCUACCACUGUCUUGCCUGUGGGAGGAGCUUCAACCAGAGGUCCAUUCUCAAUCGGCACCAGAAAACUCAGCAUCGCCAGGAGAUUCCUGUGCAGUAAGGGUGCUCUGUGGAAAUGCGUCUUGUGGCUAAUACGAAGUGCUGGACAAGGCGGGACCUUCUGGGACCACCAAAUGGAGGGAGACUGUUCUGGAGGAUGUUAUUCACCUUUACUCACUGAAGGGUUUGGAGGGGGUGUUGAGGGUUACGGGGUGCAGAAAGACACCUUGACCCAUUUGUUCAAAAGGAAAAGGGCAAGGCCAGGCUCAUUUUGAGUUCCCAGAGAGCACAGCCUCUCUUGUCUCUUACCCAAGUAGUGCUAACAGUUUUUCUUACUGUCUUUUGGGGAAACAAUAUUCUGAGUUUUAGUUCAUGUUGAGGUUGUUCUCUUUCAGUGGGAUGUUCAUAUCCACCUCCUGAGCAAGUCUGGUAGUGAAGGCAAAAUUUUGUCCAUUGUUGGCAGCUUGAACUAAUUUUUCUGUGGUGUGUAUCCUGCCUGCCAGGGUACGGACUCUUAUCUACUUUCUUCCCCCCACUCUCUUUUCCAUUUAACAAAUAUUUAUUAAACACCUACGAUAUGCCUGGCACUGGGAAGACGGUGAAUAAGACAGAUGAAACCUUUUUCUCCCAGAGCUUUUGAUUUAGCACUGGAAACACACACAAAACCAUUAUCGUGUUCUAAGUCACAUUGUGGUGAGUGCUGUGUAAGAAGAUAUUCUUGUACUCACUCAUUCUGCCCUUCCUGCUUGGGUGCUGGAUCUUUCCCUCCCUAGUCAGGAUCAUUCAGGCAGCCUCGUUUAUUUUACUAUAUUUGUAGCUCCCUUUGAAACAUUCUACCCUCAUCUGUAAACUUUCCCCAUUCCAUUCCUUGUAUUAUAACAACUGUCCACACAUUUAUUAGGAAAUUAAUAUUUUGUUAUUGAUCACUGAAUAAACAUGAGAGUAUUUUUAAAAGCAUUCAGUUCUGUAUAAAGAUCUAAUUAAGUCUGAAAGGUGAACUAGUAUUAAUACUCUAUAUUUGAUGGCAUUUUGCAGUACAUAAAAUGUUUUUCUCUGUGUUCUCACUUGAUUAAUUUCACACAUAUUUAUUGAGGCCCAACAGUGUGCCAGAAGCACUUGUGGGUGCUUGACAUAUAUCAGUGAAUAAAAUCGGAAAAUCCCUAACUUCGUGGAGCUUACAUUUUAGUGAAUGUAUUUGAUCUUCAGAACCACCCAAGGUGGAAUGUAUGGAUGCUCCCAUGAACCCUCUGGACCUGGGAUCUGAGCCUAUGCCUUGGUCCUGUCAGCUUCUUGCCCUGAAAUGCAUUUGCCACCUAUGUCUUGUUACUGAAUAAUCUCUGUCCUCAGUGCAUCUAGAUCCUUGUCAUCUGAGGUGCUUCGGGUCUUGAAUGCCAACUGGAAGUGAUGAGAUGGUAGCAAUCUGUUUUGCAUGAGUGCCAAUUUAGGAAAAAUAAAUAUGUAGGCAUUUAAAAAAUGCAUUUCUUUAAAAAUGAGAAGAUGCAGUAUUUGUAACUGUGUUUAAGCUUUUUAAAUAUUAUUUUGCCAUCACGAAAGGGUUUUCUUUCUGUUUGAAAUUCUGGAGACCGCAUAAUUCACAUGGACUGCACUGCAAUGUUGUAAUUCUGUGCCUCUGAAUGCUGUCUGCUGAGUAAAUUAGUCUUUUGACUGUGUACUAUAAUUACAAGAUGUAAUUUGUCUCGUGAUGCCUCUUAAUAUUCUUUCACUGGGAUUUUUCCCCCCAUUUUCCAUUGUAAAUAAGAUAAAUGGUGAUGACUUCAAUACAAGGAAUUGCAAUACUCAGUCCAUUUUUUAAAAUAUAGAUUUUAUUGAUUUUUUUACAGAGAGGAAGGGAGAGGGAUAGAGAGUUAGAAACACUGAUGAGAGAAACGUCGAUCAGCUGCCUCCUGCACACCCCCUACUGGGGAUGUGCCCACAACCAAGGUACAUGCCUUUGACCGGAAUCGAACCCGGGACCCUUCAGUCUGCAGGCCGAUGCUCUAUCCACUGAGCCAAAGUGGCUAGGGCACUCAGUUCAUUUUGAAACACAUUACUUUAUCCAUUUAUUGGUAGAUAGUCAUGGUGUUUAAUUUUGAUUGAGCAAAUGGCCUUCUGGCCCUCAGCUGUCCACUCCAGGCUACACUAACCAGGAUGUCUCUGAGACAUCUACAGUCUGAGACUCUGGGCUGCUGCUACUUAGCAACAUCAGGGUCCAGAUGCAAAAUCGGCUUGUUUUUUCCCUGUUUCCCAGACAAACCAGGCAAAGCUUACAGCUACUUGGCAGCCAAACCUGAUGGAAGCCUCUGGCUUCUGGUCUAUAGACAUGUGGGCUGACCUGGCCUAGCGUUUGACUUUCUCUGGGAGGUCCGUAUUCCAAAGCUGGGUGAAAGCAUGUGGCCUCCACGGACUGGGAGUUGUUCAUCAGUGGUCUUCCAGUUUACUUGAAUUAAAUUGUAGAUUCUCUCUGAUCAUACACUUAGUCAGAGAAGUCUCUGGGUUUUUAGCCAGUUGGGAUCUCUUGAGAGAAGCUUGGAUAAAGUCAGGCUUUGUUGUCUUCCCAUUUGGGCUCCUCUGUCUGUUUAGAGACCAAAGCUUAUGGACAAUGUCUCAAAAGAGAAUUUUCCCCAUGGAAAUGUAGUAGCCUGAUUUUUAAAUGUCAAGUAUUUUAUUUUCUGUAUAUUUCUAUUUAGAGAUUUAUUAUAAUAGAAAAUUUCAGAUGUGUAUAAGUGAGUCCUCAUGUAUUCAUCAUUCUACUUUAAUCAGUAUAAACUCAUAGCCAAUCUUG